AACGGCAUCCCCCUAUCUCUUCCAUCUCCAACCCUUGAAAUCACCACCACAAAAACAAAACCCUGCAAAAAUCAAACCAUCACCGCACCCUCUGAUCAAACCACCCCACCAUUUCCAAUUCGCCACAUCACCAAUGGACAACAACCCCAACGCCGCCGCCACCGCCACCGCCAUUACCGCCCAGCACCAGCACCAAGCCCAGUCCGCCACCUACCCUCCGGCCCAGGGCGGCCCGCCUUCCUCCGUCGCGGCGGCGCCCUUCCACCACCUGCUCCAGGCUCAGCAGCAGCAGCUGCAGAUGUUCUGGAACUACCAGCGGCAGGAGAUCGAGCAGGUCAACGACUUCAAGAACCACCAGCUCCCCUUGGCCCGCAUCAAGAAGAUCAUGAAGGCCGACGAGGACGUCAGGAUGAUCUCAGCCGAGGCCCCCGUCCUGUUCGCCAAGGCCUGCGAGCUCUUCAUCCUCGAGCUCACCAUCCGCUCCUGGCUCCACGCCGAGGAGAACAAACGGCGCACUCUCCAGAAAAACGACAUUGCCGCCGCCAUUACCAGGACCGAUAUUUUCGAUUUCCUCGUCGAUAUUGUCCCCCGGGAUGAGAUCAAGGACGAGGCCGGCCUCGGAGCUGUCGGCAUGGUGGGGACCACCGCCAGUGGGGUCCCCUACUACUACCCGCCGAUUGGCCAGCCCGCCGGUGCGCCGGGAGGGAUGAUGAUUGGGAGGCCGGCCAUGGACCCCACCGGCGUUUAUGCGCAGCCCCCGUCGCAGGCGUGGCAGUCGGUGUGGCAGACCGCGGCGGACGAUGGGUCCUAUGGGAGUGGAGGGAGCAGUGGCCAGGGCAAUCUUGAUGGCCAGAGUUAAAAGAGAUUAAUUUGUCGACAAUUUGCUGCAUGGCGCGAAGGAAAGGAAAUGAGCACUGCAGCAGAUAUUUGAUUGCUUGAAGUACUAUUAUUAUUUAAUGAGAUGACAAGAGACUUGUUUAAGACCCUUUGAUCCCGAGCAGUUGAAAGUUCACUGCCUUGUUCAGUAUUUAUGUGCAGUCUUUAUAAUUUAGGUUUCUCAUGUCGCUAACUGAAUCAAUUUCUUAUUAAUCAAACCUGGUAGACUUUUAGUAUGUUUCCCGA